AUGACUGAUAUCUCUCAGAUUUUCAAAGGCACUCAGAUCGCCCUUCCUGGCUCCGCAGCUCUCCCCCUGAACGCGAGUACAUGGGUGAUCGACGAGAAGCUUUAUGAGAAUAGAGUCGAUGGAGUGCGUGAGCCUACUUCUGAUCCCGACGAACAACCAUCCGGUUGGGAGGCUAAGUAUCUAUGUCACAAUCACCAUUUCCCAUAUAAUCAAGCGUUUAUGAGAGUCUACUGUCAAGGUCCCGAUGAGGGAACAGAAUUCCUUCUGCCGGAAGCUCGAGCCCAACAGGCAAAUCCUCAUUUUGAAAAGCAGGAAGCUAAAGCUCGGAAGAAGUUCAGACAAGGUGGAUGCAAAAGUGUGCCUUCACUACUUGGAUAUGGCCAAUCCGUGCAAGGGGAACACGGACCUGUACCUGGAGGAUACAUAACCUAUCUUGUUUGGGAAAAGGUCCGCGGACAGGUCCUCACUCCGGAACUAUUCUGGUCAUUCGAGCGACCAAAACGUGAUCUCGUUCGCCGAAAGUUCCGGGCUGCAUAUGAGUAA